CUGAAUGUUGGUGUGACGUGUGCUGCAGUGUCUCACAGUCAUGGCAGGUUUGUUUUGCGUCUGCGGGCUGCUGAGGCUGCUGAAGACGUUAUUCAUCCCGGGGCUCAUCGUAAGUGUUAUUUUAUGCCUUGUCGUGGUCACGGUCCUGCAUUGUCUGCGGUUAUGGAUUCAGCAUAAGAAGAAGCAGACCGUACAUGUCGGCAAGGAUGGAAAGAAGCGGAAGGUCGUGGCGUUUUUCCACCCUUACUGUAAUGCCGGCGGCGGAGGCGAGCGGGUGCUUUGGUGUGCCCUGAGAGCCUUGCAGAAAAGGUAUAAAGAGGCCAUGUAUGUCGUUUACACUGGAGACACCGAUGUCUCUGAAGAACAGAUUCUUAAUGGGGCGAGUGCUCGCUUUAACAUCAAUCUAACCCACCCUGUGAAGUUUAUAUUUUUGGAAAAGCGGGACCUUGUGGAAGCCAGGAAAUACCCUCAUUUCACCUUACUAGGCCAGAGCCUCGGCUCCAUCUUCCUAGGUUGGGAGGCCCUGGUAAAGUGUGUGCCAGAUAUUUAUAUAGACUCCAUGGGCUAUGCCUUCACUUUACCUCUUUUCAAGUAUAUCGGAGGCUGCCGAGUGGGCUGCUAUGUACAUUACCCCACUAUCAGUACAGAUAUGCUGUCCGUGGUUCGCAGCCAACACUCCAGGUUCAACAAUUCUACUUAUAUUUCUAAUAAUACUGUCCUAAGCAGAAUGAAGUUAAUCUAUUACACCCUUUUUGCAUUGUUGUACGGAUGGGUUGGUUCGUGUAGCGACAUCAUAAUGGUUAACUCUACGUGGACCUUUAACCAUAUCCUUGACUUGUGGAAAUGUAGUGAGUGCACACACAUAGUCUAUCCACCUUGCGAUGUGCAGACAUUUUUAGAUAUUAAAUUAAACCUGGAGCAAGAGAAACAUGAACGGUCUUUGGUGUCGAUUGGUCAGUUCCGGCCUGAAAAAGACCAUGCGUUGCAGAUCAGGGCGUUCAGCGCGUUAUUGGCCACGAAGACACCUGAAGAGCGAGCAAAUCUGAAACUUCUACUGAUCGGUGGCUGUCGCAACAAAGAAGAUGAAGACCGGGUGUCUGGACUGAAAAGGCUUAGUCAGGAACUUGGAGUUCCUGUGGAGUUCAAAGUGAAUAUUCCUUUUGAGGAGCUGAAGAAGUACCUAAGUGAAGCUACCAUUGGAUUACACACCAUGUGGAACGAGCACUUUGGAAUUGGGGUAGUUGAAUGUAUGGCAGCUGGGACCAUCAUUUUGGCACACAACUCAGGAGGCCCCAAGAUGGACAUUGUGAUCCCUUAUGAAGGACAGAAAACUGGCUUCCUGGCAGACAGCGAGGACGGCUAUGCUUCAGCCAUGGAUCACAUUCUCUCUCUGUCCCCGGAGGAAAGACUGGCGAUAAGGCAGAACGCGCGUCUUUCUGUCUCCAGGUUCUCGGACCAUGAGUUUGAAGGAAAUUUCCUCUCUGCAGCUGAGCAUCUAUUCAAGUGACAGACAGCCUUUUGGUUUCCAUUUGUAUAUAUGGCAGAAAAACAAGGAAAUAUUUUUAUAUUGGAUUUAUUGUGUUGCAGAUGUCUAAAUUAAUAAUUUGUAAAUACACAAUUUACAUUA